CCUUCCCUUUACUCUUUAGUCCCUUGUUCCUCUCUCUCUCUCCCUCUCUCUAAGCCAGUGCGCGGCAAGACUUCGAAGGGGGAGGACUGUCGCUCGCACCUCUCUCUCCCCUACACAUUUUCCCUAACACAUGUCAACUCUGAAUACGGCGCUAGAGGAAGAGGAGGAGGAGGAGGCGGAGGACAACAGGUCGACCCAUGCUGUCCACCUCCCGCCCUGCACCUCCACGCCCCCCACGCCCACCACCACCGCCCUCCCUGAUCCUUUGACCCUCGCCGUGCCCACCUCGUCUGCUGAUGCCCCCGUCACCGCCCUGAGGAGGUACCUGGACAGCAUGCCUCAACACCCAUCGCCCAGGAAGGAGGUGUCCAGCGGCGCCGUGUGGGUCGCUGUGAGGGCAGAGGUCAUCGCUACCUUCCUAAUGACCAUCACAACCUCCUGCGUGGCUCUCCCCCCCCCGCGGCCCCCCCUCAUGGCCCCCUGCGCCCAGCCAGUGGGCGGCCAGGGCGAGGGUGGGUUGGAGAGUGGGUGGGCGUGGGCGGUGGCUCAUGGGCUUGUGAUGGGCGGCCUAAGCUGGGCGGUGCGGGCGGCCCACCUCUCCCCGCCCACAACGAUUGCUCUGUUGGUGACGAGGAAGGUGUCAGUGGUACGCGCCGUGUUGCACCUCAUCGGACAGGUGUGUGGGUGCCUACUGGCCGCCCCUGUGCUCCUAGGCCUAUUCCCCCGCCUCCCACGGCCCCCCCAGCUGGCACCCCAUAUCACCCCGGCACAGGGUUGGGGCGCUGAGUUCUUGUCCACGGUUCUCGUCACCUUGGUCUCCCUGUCCGCCUACCAAAGCCAUCCCGCCGCCAGCAAGAACACGCCCCUCUUCGAGCCAUCCGCCGCCCUGCCCAUCACCACGGCCCAUAUCGUCGCCGCCCUCUUCUGCGCUGACUAUACGGGCGUGGGCCUCAACCCUGCCCGCUCCCUCACCCUGGCAGCGGUCACGGGCUCCUGGAAAAGUCACUGGGUGUACUGGGUUGGGCCUACCCUGGGGGGCGUGCUGGCAGCCUUCACCCACGAGUACACGUCUGCCAAGGUGCCACUGGGGGGACCGGGGGCAGACCACGACCCACGUCUACCCCGGGAUGCCUCCAAGCCCUCGGCCCUUACAUCCUCCUUGGCUUCCCCGUGUUGAGGAUAUGGGGCUCGCUCUCUCUCUCUCUCUCUCUGGGUAUUUUCUUUCUUUCUCGUUUCGUUUGUUGUUUCUUCAUUCUUUCUCCUCUGUCUCUCUCUCUCUAUUUCGUUUUUGUCUUCAUUUUUAAUUUUCUUUUUCCUUUCUUGCAAUUUUCAUCUAUUUUCUCCUCCUUCCUCUUCUUUAUCUCCUUUUUCCUUUCCUUCCUUCUUUCUAUCUUAACUUUCUCUCCCUUUUUUUCUUUUUCCCUUCCUUCCUUCUUUCUAUCUUAACUUUCUCUCCCUUUUUUUCUUUUUCCCUUCCUUCCUUCUUUCUAUCUUAACUUUCUCUCCCUUUCUUUAAUAUUUUCUUCCUUCAUUCACUCUUUUAUUCGUUUUCUUCUUUAUUUUCCUCCUCCUCUUUUUUUUCAUCUCUUCUUCCUUCCUUCUCUGUCUCUCCUUAACAUUAAUCUUCUUUCCUUCCUUCCUUCCUUCUCCCUCUCUCUCUCUUCUCUCCUUUCCUUUUAAUAUAUUUCUUGUUUUCUCAUCCUUCCUUCCUUCUUCCUUUCAUUCGUAUCGUUUUUCCUUUUCCUCCUCCUCUUCUUCUUCUUUAUUUCUAUUUCUUUCUUUUCCUCAAUUAUAUUAGUGCCAAAGAGCAACACAGUAACACAUAAGAUAAUAAACACAAGAUGAUUAUGUAGAAAAAUGGUAUUGUGUUUCUACUCUCUCUCUCUCUCUGUAUGUGUUGUUUGUGUUCCAGUGACAAUCUCUCUCUCUCUCUCUCAUGUGCCAAAGAUUGUGUGUUUGAGAGCAAAAUAAGAUUAGUUUUGUCUGGUUUUAAUUCUCUCUCUCUCUCUCUCUCUCUCUCUCUCUCUCUGUGUUUGUGUUUCAGUGACAAUCUCUCUCUCAUGUGCCAAAGAUUGUGUGUCUGAGUGCAAAAUAAGAUUAGUUUUGUCUGGUUUUAAUUCUCUCUCUCUCUCUCAAACGUCGACCAAAUAUGAUGAAAAAAUAAAUCUAAUUUUAUCUUCUUCCUCUCCAAGUCCCUCCCCUCACACCAUUCUCUCUCCCCUCCUCCAUCUCUACCCUUUCUCUCCCUCAAUCCCUCCUCUCUACUCCCUUCAUCCUUUUCCGCUUAACCACAUCCACCUCUAUCCUUGUUCCUUCUCCAUUCCCUUUUUUCCUAUCCCUCCUCCUCCUCCCUCCGCACCCCUUCCCUUCCUCCAUCCAGUCUCAGCCCAUCCCUUCCGUUCCCUUCCCAUUUCUUAGUGAACUCGAGGACCAUGUAAGGUUAGAAGAAUUUAGAGUAGGCAAAACAACAAGACCUUCCCGUCCCUAUCGUCCACUUAAUAGCGUGUGUUUUAACUGUUCCGGCACACACACACACACACACACACACACACACACACACACACACACACACACAGUUAAAUGUUCCCCUAAUAAACACAUACACAUACAUAGCUAAUUCGUAUGCAUCUUAAUACAUACACACACACACACACAAACUCUCGUAAUUCACACAUACACACACGCACACAGUUAGUCUCGUAAUACACACACACCACACAUACUGAAACCCUUCCCUAAUACGCACAUACAUACAUACAUACAUACAUACAGCCAUCAUGUAUAUAGAAGUGUAUUUUUAGUCAUCCCUUAAAAUCACAGUCUAUUUAUGUCGAUGUACACACACACAAACGCACACACACACACAUACAUACGCACACACACACACACCAUCAUCCAUCCAUACCUCCAUCCAUUCUUCAUACGCGUACAUACAUACAUACAUAGACGCACAUACAAGAUUCCUGCCUUAGUAUAUACACAUAGAAAAAUAUACAUACAUAAUUUUAUCCAUGUGCGUAAGAGUGAAUGUAUAGAAAGACAGUCAUGAGAUAUAUUUUGAUUUGCAUACACACACACACACACACACACACACACAUAUAAACACACACACUGGUAUAUGUAUAAGUCAACCCCUUGAGCACACACACACACACACACACAUAAAUACAUACAUACGUACAUACACACACACAUGGUUGUUUCUCCACGCACAUCUUGUAUAAAAAAAAAAUAAUAAUGUCAAUAAUAAAUGCACAAUCAAUGGAAACUUCUCUUCAUUAUCCUUGUUAAAAAAAAUUAAAAAUGUCAUCACCAUCAACACCAUUGUCAUCACCAGUACCAUUACGAAAACCAUCACUACCAUUGUCAUCAAGGCUGGUGAUUAGAGAACAGGAGGAAGGGUAAAGGAGGAAGAGGAGGAGGAGAAGGUAAGGGAAGAAGAGGAAGACAAGGAAGAAAGGAUGAGAAUUGAGAUGAAAUGAAAAAGUAAAGAAAAUAAGAAAGAAAAAGGAAAGGAAGGAAGGAAGAAGGAACA